AUGUCCUUUACCUUCAAUGGUCGUGAAUACAAUGUGGAUGGUUGGAUUCGUGAAGCUAUCUCCUUGGUAGAACUGCUCGCAAAGAAUCUCAAGUUACUUGAUCCACUGCCAUCCGACACAGACCUCACGGACGCUGAUGAAAAAGAGAUUCAGUCCCAAAUCAAUGCAAUGCUCAUCCUACCUCCAUUUGCCGUACUCGACUUUUGGAGCGCAUUCGCAGCUCAUCACCUUCGCCAGCUCGCAACAUCUCUUCGCGCUCUCUCUCGCACAACCCAGCCUCGCGCCUUCUCGACCCUCAUCCAAGUUCUCUCUCUCCUCCCCGAUCCCAAAACGGAGCCCUACUUUCGCAGGUUCAUCCAAUCGCCGCAAUACGCUGACCUCGCAAAUAUAAUCGCCGAUGGCUUCGUGCAAGGCAUUCGAUGGAAACGCCCGAGUGGGCCCGGUCAAAUAUGUUGUCUCAUUAUCCAUUUCCUAUUCUGGGGAAACUCGACGAAGGGCGACGACGGCAAAGCGUCCAUUGAUGCGGAUGUUCGUACAAAGCUUGCCCGGAAGCUUGAUGCCUUGAUAGGUACCCCGGAGUUUGAACGACUCCCGGAGAUACAACGCGUUGAUAUCGAGAGGUUGCAUGGGAUAUUGAAGUGCAUAGAAGGCAUGCCAGCAGACUAUUACCUGAGCUCGACACGCAGCUAUUUGGAAGGUCAGGUGGAUAAUUGUGGGAGGUCGUCCUGUGACGAAGAGGCGGAGCUUGCAUGCUCAAAGUGUAAGACCGUGAGGUACUGCGGAAAGAAGUGUCAGACCUGGCACUGGAAGAACGGGCAUAAGUUGAGAUGUUUCCAGGUUGCUUAUUGA